CGGCCGCCGCUCCGGAGGCUCCCCAUUGGACGGGCGCUGAGGCCGAAGCCUUCGGCGGGCGGAAGCCGGAAGCGGAAGUCGACGUUGCUGGGGCGGCGGGGCAGGAGCAGGAGCAGCAGCAGCAACGUGAGGGGGAAGGAAGAUGGUGAGGCCGGGCAAAGGGGGAGGGGGCUCGGGAGGGUCUACUCGGGAGUAAGCCCGCGGGGAGGGGCUUCUCCGCCCCAGGUCAAACCAGGGGGGGCUCACACGGGGAUUGGCUAUGGGGCAGGAGCCACUCAGCUCAAGGGAGUAUCCUGGGAGGGGGCGACGUGGGUGCCUGGGGGGCGAGAGGAAGGCAAUGGAGCAGCCUCUCUCCCCCCACCCCAGGUAGGGCAAUGGGGGCUCCCUCCGCUGCCCCCGCCCAGGUAAGCCGAGUCACUCAGGGGCAGGACCCCUUCAGCUCAAUGGAGUGUUCUGGGAAGGGGAAAAGUGGGAAUCCUCUAGCCUGGGGGGCUAGAGGAAGGCAAUGGAGCGGCCUCUCUCCACCCACCCCAGGUAAGGCAAUGGGGACUCCCUCCUGCUGCCCCUGCCCAGGUAAGCUGAGUUGCUCAGGGGCAGGACCCAUUCAGCUCAAUGGAGUGUGCCUGAAGUAGGCAUGUGCUUUGGCUUGCGGGGCAAAUGUCAAACAAGGAGGUGGGGGUUUCACGUGGGGAGGGGGCUUGGGUCUGGCAAAAGGGGCUCGCUCCUCCCCGCCUCCCAGGUAAGCCGGUUCCUUUAGGGAUGAGACCCAUUGAGCGCGGCGGCAUUUACCAGAUUGCAGCAUUAGUGUGAUAGAGGGGGGGGGUUGUGUGCCUCCCCCUUGGAUGCAGUCAAAGUGGUUCGCUCCCCACAUCUUCCAGAUAUUCGCUCAGCAGUCGGCCCCAUUGAGUUCAGUGGAUUUUACUGGGGUAAGAUUGCUAGAGGAAGGCAAUGGAAGGGGGGCUUAUUUCCCUGCCUCCAGGGUAAGGAAAUGGAGGCUGCUGCGCUCCCUAGAUGCCCGGUAAGCUGAGGGUUAUGUUCACAAUUAUUCUUAUUUAUUUUUAUUUAUUGAGUUUAUAUACUGCCCUAUACCCGGAGGUCUCAGGGCGGUUCGAGCGGGGAGAGUUGCGGCUGCAUGCUCAAGUCCUGAUGGGGGGCUUCCCUUUGGGGUGUCUGGGUGGGCAGUGUGAGGGCAGGACCCUUUGGCUUGAUCCAGCAGGGCUCUGCUUAGGUUCUGAAAAGCAUGGCAACGAUUAAGGUCGGCUCGACUGUGAAGGCUCCUUUACCUGCCAGGUGUGUUUCUCAACCUGCCCAAUUUGCCCCUCUCUUGCAGCUUCCGCUCUCCUUGCUGAAGACGGCGCAGAACCACCCCAUGGUGAGUCCGGGUCGCGUCUAGCCUUCAGUCAAACUGCAGAGGAGGAGGCUGACGCGCUGCUGACUGUGGCUGGAUGCACCUCCAGUUUUAUUCAUUUUUAAAUUCCUGCAUACAGAAAACUGGCUUUCUGGGGGAAGAGACUAAUCCGGAACCGAACCAGAGCCAGCGAUGUGUAGCGGUUAGAGUGUUGAACCUGGGAAACCUCUUGGACUAGCCUUCCUUGUAAGGAUAAAGAGGGGGAAACUAUGAGUGCUGCCUUGAACUCCUGGGAGGGAAAGGUGGGGUAUACAAUGGGACCUUGUUUCUCAAAUGCUUUGGGUCUCAAACUCCGAAAACCCAGAAGUAAGUUUUCCAGUUUUGGGGGGAAAAUUGGAAGCCGAACAUCCGAUGCAGCUGUCGGCUAUUGUUUCUGGGACACCUGCACCCAUCAGAAGCUACACCUUGGUUUUUGAACAUUUCGGAAGUCAAACGGACUUCCAGAAGGGAUUGCGUUUUUGUUUUCAGUUCUGAUUGGCGCAAGCGCCUCGGAAACCAUCGUUGACAUCAGACGUUCAGCUUCCGAGAAUCAUUCAGGAACCGGAACACUUCCGGGUUUUCAGGCAUUUGGGAAGCAAGGUCCCACUGUCUUAGGCUUUGGGAAGGCAAAGCAAGGGCUGUCGGGGUGUCACAUGUUGCCCCAAAGGCCUCCAGGGCUGUGAGAGAGAGGGAGAUGCCUCUUUAGAUCUGGGAGGUGUUUCUGGAAUGCGGAGGGGGGUUGUUGUCCGACACCUGGAGGGCCCCAGGUGUUUCCCCCAAGAUUCUGGUGCUCUGGGAGCCCAGUUCCUUCAUCUAAUCUCCCGCCUUCUCUUUCCAGCUGGUGGAGCUGAAGAAUGGGGAGACUUACAAUGGGCACCUGGUCAGCUGUGAUAACUGGAUGAACAUCAACCUGCGCGAAGUCAUCUGCACGUCCAGGGUAAGCAUUAUUACUAUUUAUAUUAUUAUUACUGUUAUCUUCAAGUGAUACUGCAAGCUCACACUUCUCACUGUGCUUGUAUACCUACUUAAGGUACACAUGUAAGAGGCUCGUUUUUUAAUUUUAUUUUGGGAAUGAUGCACUGCAUUGCUUAAUGCAGUUGUGCUCUACAUUGUAAAUCAAUCAGAGCUAGGAGCUGCUCCUUUUGUUUUCCAAUGUAUUUCUUAUCCAUAAUAAUGAUUUUGAUAAUGAGUGUGGCACGAGCAGAUUUUUAUUUCAAAAGUGUUGCACAGAUGUUUGAGAACAGGUAGAAUUGGUGCAGGGACCGCCUCCCCCCCCCCCUGCAAACUGGAUUAAAUGCAAGUGGGGGCAGGAGCAGGGCAAGCAAGCCUGCGCACAGGGCUGCCCGCUGCCCUGGCACCCCCUCUGUGUCCCCUUCCUCUUGGCGAGCAACACGUGGGGCAGCCCUGCGAUGACAUCAGCCCAUUAUUAUUAUUAUUAUUUAACAAAGUGUCUUCUGGUUGGCCACUGUGAGAACAGGAUGCGGGCGAGGUAGGUUGGGUUGAAAGUGGGGGACACAGCCCCUGGUCACCCUGGGAGUUUCAUGGCUGAGUGACGACUUGAACCCUCGUUUCUUCCAGGUUUAUUUCCCCACACACUGCCCUGCUUUGGAUGGUUACAACCUCUGAAGUCUAGCCUUGUAACCUCUGAAGUCUGGCCAGCAUUUCCCAAGCUUUUUCGGGCGUCCCCCCCGCCUUGCAGCUCCACAAACUCAUCCCCAGUGCCCCCUGCCCUAUAAAAAGCAUUAUUCAGGAUAGCGGUUUGCACGACCAAACAAUUACACGUUUAUUCAAAAUCCAAUUGAAACUCUUUAUAAAAUCAUGGAAUUGUAGAGUUGGAAAGAACAAUGUAGUCCAGCCGCCUGCAAUGUAGGGAUACUCAGUUCCGAUAUCCCAAAAAGUGUAAGGGAAUUCUUACUUGUGACAGUGACCGCAAGAAUUUUAAUAGCAUCAAAUUGGAAGGGAGAAAAAGUACCAUCAAAAUUGGAGCGGCAACAAAGACUAAUGGAGUAUGCAAAACUAGCUAAGCUGUCAAUAUUUUUCAAUAAAUGGGGUUUAUUUAAAAGUUACAUAAAAUAUUGCAACAAUACAAAAUCAGUGGCAGCCUUUAAGAAACUUCUGUUAUACACCGAUCAGGUUUAAGAAAGUACAAUAUUUAGGCUAAGAAAUUAUUUAAAAUAGACACAAAGUGCGCUAGAUAAAUAUAAAUUUAAAGCUAGAUGGAGUUGGCAGGAAAUCAAUGGAACUAGAAGAAGACUCUGACACGGUGCAAUAGAUAUUGACAAUUCUUUGUUUUGUGUUGUUAUUUCCAAAGUCUGAAGGUCAUCUGAACCUUUAGCGCCGCUCCAUUAGGGGCCUCUUAGCACAAUCCCACCAUCCCCAGGGGGCGCUCCCACCAAUUUGGGAAGCCCUGCCUGGUAAACCAGCACCCCUUUUCUGCCUUUUGGUGGGGUGCUGUUUGCCCGCUGUCCAUUAGGUGGCGCUGCCUUCCAGCCCAACCUGUCAUGGAGAUGGGAGGGCCGGGCUCUGGCUCUGGCGAGACUUCAGUCGCAAGCGGGUGGGGAAAAUCUCCUUUUAUUUUUCAGCUCAGCAGGGGAGGAGCCAUUUUUGCACAAAACCCGAGUCUCCUCCGGAAGAGAGGGAGGUAAAUGUUAGCGCAGAGCUAAGCAGGUUGGCAGAAACCACACUGGGGGCAGGAUUAGAAAUGGGGUUUCCCCAUAAGCUUUAAAAAGACAGCGUUUGUGUCAGCCGGUUUUGCAACAAGAAGUAAGAAGCUUCCAAAACAAAGGGGCUGUAGGCAGUCUGCCUGAGAUUGCCUCCAGUUGGGCAGGAAAACGUUCAAAGGAAGAAACAUAGGGAGAGAGCAGUACAUUGGUCCCUUGGUUCUCAGACUUAAUCCGUUCCGGAAGUCCGUUGCAAAGUGCUCCCAAAGCAAGGCGUGCUUUUUUGCCAUAGAAAGUAAUGCAAAACGGAUUAAUCCGUUCCAGACUUUUAUAAACAACCCCUAAAACAGCCAUUUAACGUGAAUUUUACUAUCUAAGAAGACCACUGAUCCAUAAAGUGAACGCAGUAAUCAAUGCACUGUACUAUAAAAUAAAUAGGACAGUGUUGUAGAUGAUAAAAAAACAAUGAUAGUCAUGGUUUGGAUGGGGGGCUUUUAUCCAUUUCCACAAUCAAUCAGUCAGUCACGAAAACAAAUGAACCGAAAACGACUUAAAAACAAAAAGGCAAAAUAAAGAGCAAAAACAAAAGCGCCAACGUAAUCCGUUCUGGAAGUCUGUGUGACUUCUGAAAUGUUCGAAAACCAAGGCAUGGCUUCUGAUUGGUGCAGGCACCCUGGAAAUAAUAGCCAACAGUUGAAUCGGAUGUUCUGCUUCCAAAAAUUGCUCGAAAACCAGAACACUUACUUCCAGGUUUUUGGAGUUUGGGAACCAAGAUACCACUGUAUUAUUAAACUCGCUCUUUUCAUUCUAUUUCUGUCUUGAGUCGUCUUCUUUUUUAAUCUGUUUUGGUCCUGGUUUCACCCGUUCUUCCUUUUCUCUCGGGCAGGACGGAGACAAGUUCUGGCGGAUGCCGGAGUGCUACAUCCGCGGCAGCACCAUCAAGUACCUUCGCAUCCCGGACGAGAUCAUCGACAUGGUCAAGGAGGAGGUGGUGUCCAAGGGGAGGGGCCGCGGCGGGAUGCAGCAGCAGAAGCAGCAGAAGGGGCGCGGAGUCGGCGGCACUGGCCGGGGUGAGCCCCUCUCUGGAGCUCGGGGGCGGCAGGGGAGUCUCCCACUUCAGGGGGCUCCCGGCCUUGAUAUGUGGUUUACUAACAUCCUUCCUAACUCGUGCUAGCAAGUUUCCCCACUUAGCAGAGUGCGUUCCCCUUCUUACGCAGCAGAAAACUCGUUGCAAACUCGUGUGAGUUUCUUCAGAAAAUACACAAUUCAGUCUGGCUUCUUCAGAUUGAAAUGUGUUCUAAUAUUUUCCUGGUAAGACCCCUUGAAUUCCUCCUAAGAGAAUAAAGACGCCACAGUCUUAUUUAUAAGCCAGGCAUGUCCAAACUCAGUAUUGGGGGCCUAAUCCGGCCCGCCGGUCGAUUUAAUCCGGUCCCCAUGGCAGACAUCUGAAGGCAGCCCUGUGUUGGGAAGUUUUUAAGGUUUAAUGCAUGUCUUGUGUUUUUAAUAUUCGGUUGGGAGCCGCCCAGAGUGGCUGGGUGAGUGGCAAAGGGGUUCCCCUGAGCUCAGCCCCUUCCUCUUUUCUUCUCCCCCCCCCAGGUGUAUUUGGCGGCCGUGGACGAGGGGGGAUCCCAGGAAGCGGCCGAGGAGGACAGCAGGAGAAGAAGCCCGGGCGUCAGGCAGCCAAGCAGUGAGGAGCCGAAGAUGGCGCCCCGGACUCAAGUGCCAUGCCAGGAAGGCUGGUCUGCCGUCCCUCUUCACCCACAAAAGAAACUCUUAGGUCCCUCUGUUUCCACGCACCUCGGGGGAGACGGAAGCCACUGGCCUCAAGUUUUGGUCUCUUUUUGCUUUUAAGUUCCAGUUAUUAGAAAUGAGUGUUUAAAGCGUCUCCCCGAGCGCAUACACACAGUUUAGCUCUUAAUUUGAGAAUCCAGGUAACCUUUUGGAGGGGCGAUUCGACUUCGCCUCUUCCCUUUUUUGUUUUUUGGAAUCGUUUUGGCAAGAGAAACGCCUUGCCAGCCUUUGGAACGACAGUAACGGAGAGGACGGGCUAGGCUUUCCGCUCAGAGUGUCAGGAUUAAACGAUGUAGCUUUCUUUUUAUUAGGAAAUGGGACUUGUCAAGGCAACUUCAGCUCUGGGUUCAGUUUUUGGGGAGCGGGGUUGGAUAAAAAGGUGUCGCCGGGCCAGGGAAUUCUGCUGCUUCCACCUGGGCUCUCAUCACACCUGUGGGAACAUACCUUUUCAGCCGGAGUUUAGUCUCCCAGCCUCCCUCUGCUCCUGUCUCUCUUGUUCAGCCUUCCCCCCAGAUAUUUCCCAGGGAUGUUUGGUGAGCAGGAGGUGAUCUGCGUCCAUUCAUCCCCCAGGAUGUUACCGGACUCCGACUCCCAUCCGCACAGCCGAUAUUCUGGGAUGCUGUUGGGAACUCCAAUCCAGCAACAUCUGGAGGGAGUCGGGCUAAUCUCUGCUUCCAAAUUCUCCACACACCCAUUUCCCUCCCAGGUGGAAUUUGUUGCCUCAGCCUCAGACCUAAAGCAUCCCGUUUGUGUGACCCUUCUGAGAAUCUCUCGGGAGGCUGUGUCGGCCGCCUCCAUGAUAUCACCAGCAGUUGGUCGGAGCCAGAACAAACGCGCUGCAACCAUUCUUUCCUUUUCUUCUUUUUUUUUAAUAAAAAAAACGUGCUUUGUAACCCAGUUUUAAGUUUACGAGCAGAAUAAACUUGGAAUCAGCUGU